UCUGUCGUCGUGCGCUUCAAACCCGUAGUUUUUCGGCUGAAAUCGGUCAAACACGAGAUACAAAUACGUCACAAUUAUCGUUGAGUUGAUUUGGUGGUUGAUAGAGUUGACAGCUCUGAUGAGUUUGGAAUUGGCAGCCCUGAACUGCUCCAUUAUCCAAUGAUGGCCAGAUGAGACAUGGAAGCCAUGCUAGUGCCAUCGGAUUUCUCCGCCGUCCAGACGGACAUGAUUUAUCAGAUGAACAAGUACCACGGGGAGCGCGUCCAGAUGAGGAUGGCGCAGAUACAGAAGACAACCCGUGAAGUCUGUAAAGUGGUGCAGGAUGUACUGAAGGAGGUGGAAGUGCAGGAGCCAAGAUUCAUAUCGUCGUUGACCGAGUGCAACGGAAGAUACGAGGGACUUGAGGUGAUAUCACCUGGUGAAUUCGAGGUGGUCUUGUAUCUGAAUCAGAUGGGUGUUUUCAAUUUCGUUGAUGAUGGUACCCUGCCGGGCUGCGCAGUGCUCAAGCUGAGCGACGGAAGGAAACGCUCAAUGUCGCUCUGGGUGGAGUUUAUCACUGCGUCUGGAUACCUCAGUGCGCGAAAAAUUCGGUCCAGAUUCCAGACACUGGUGGCGCAAGCCUGUGACAAGUGUGCGUACAGGGACUGCGUCAAGAUGAUUGCUGAUACGACGGAGGUGAAGCUGAGGAUCAGGGAGAGAUUCGUGGUGCAGAUCACUCCGGCAUUCAAGUGUUCCGGUGUCUGGCCAAGAUCGGCGGCUUAUUGGCCGGCAUCCGGCGGCCCUUGGCCGCACUCGGGGUUGAUAGCUGAAGUCAAAACUGAGGGGUUCGAUCUGCUGUCGAAAGAGUGCUUGGCGCUGCAGGGAAAACAGUCGGCGAUGGAAGGCGACGCCUGGGUGCUGAACUUCAAGGAAGCUGAGAUUAGACUGCUGCAGGGCGGCUGCCGCAAGCGCUGCCUAAGCAUGCUGAAGACUCUACGCGAUCGCCACCUGGAUCUACCUGGCAACCCCAUCACCAGCUAUCACAUGAAGACUCUUCUGCUGUACGAGUGCGAAAAGCAUCCGCUGGAGACCGAGUGGGACGCCAGUUGUCUUGCCAAUCGGAUAAUCGGCAUUUUCCUACAACUCAUAUCCUGUCUACAAUGUCGCAGGUGUCCUCACUACUUCCUGCCGAAUCUCGAUCUCUUCAAGGGAAAGUCGCCCAACGGUUUGGAAACAGCAGCCAAACAAGUCUGGAGGCUGACACGGGAAUUGCUCACCAACAGCCGUGCACUCGAGAAACUCUAGCCAAUAAUCUGACGUAUUGUGUCCAAGCAACGUUUAUCGUCACUAAUAAGUACUACGCUUGCUCAUUCACCAAGAGCUUUUCCGGUUUUUAUUGUCUGAUUGAGUUGAGUUUGAUUGUGCAAUGAUUGGGAAUGAAUCUGUGACUGAUAAAUUUAAUCCGAACAGUCACUCGAGGCUAAGUUUAUUGUGAUUUGUUACUGCAAUUUAAUCUUGUCAAUAACUAUUAUGAACUUCAUACGGAAAUUAUAUUUCUAUCGUUGUUGAAUGUAAAUAGGCUCCACUGAUGUAAAAUUUAUUUGAAGUAUUUAUUUUAUAUUUGAAACUGUUUCCUGCUUCACGUAUGUAAGAUGUAAAUAAACAUUAUAUCGACUGUC